AUGUUGCCCCUGCAAUCACUUGAUUUACUAGACACACCAUCUCCAAAGUUGCCUGACACUGCAGCUUCCCCAAAGUCUGUUCAAAUUUUGCCAACCACGACAGAGAAGCAGAGUAUCCCCCCGCCAGUACCUAGUACCACAGUUACUGUGCCAACCGAGAAGGAGAAUAUUCCCCCACCACCAGUGGCAGCACCUAGCAUUGCACUGCAGCCAAUCAUUAAAAUCAAUAUGACAAACCCACUUUCUACACUCGCUCUAGCUGCUGUCGGCACGAUGAUACCACCUCUCCCACCCUCUAUUGAUCCUCCUCUGAGUCUUUCAGCUUCUGGCUUGACGUCUAUAAAGGGCCCAGGCAAGGCCAGCGACGCUGCAAAUGGGAGGGGCAGCAAAAUCAGCAAGGGUAAGAUGCAUCCAAGUCAAACUAAAAAUGGACAUAAUCUAUGUGCGCAUCGUUGGCUCAAGCAAGUUGAGAGCAACAAGACAACAGAAGAAUUUUGUGUUUAUUACAGGGAUCUCUCUGCGGACCAGUGCAAGGAAUAUGAUAACGAGGCAGCAGAGCUAGUUGCCAAUAAUGCUUGGGACAAGACAGUCUACAACAGCACAUUGCAUUAG